CUUCAGGACUCACGUGAAUCGCGUCGGCGAACAACCCUAAUCUCCGUCCCUCCAUAUCAGUGGUGUAGACUUUGGGUUUGCUUUCGGGUGGUUUCGGCAGGGCAAGCAUGGCGGCGCAAGAAGCUUCCGUUAUUGAUUUGCCCGUGAAGAGGCCGAGAGAAGACGAGGAUAACGGCGCCACUACUAACGCCGUUUCAAUGGAUACGGAGAUCACUGCCGCCGCUGAUAACGGCGUUGACGGCAAGGAGUCAAGCAGUGUCUCCUCUGUUAUCCCCGGAUGGUUCUCCGAGAUUAGUUCCAUGUGGCCAGGAGAGGCACACUCCUUGAAGGUGGAGAAGAUUUUAUUUGAAGGAAAAUCGGAUUACCAGCAAGUGAUGGUUUUUCAGUCUGCAACGUAUGGGAAGGUUUUGGUUCUGGAUGGAGUGAUUCAGCUCACAGAGAGAGACGAAUGUGCGUAUCAGGAAAUGAUUGCCCAUCUUCCCUUGUGUUCAAUCCCUAACCCCAAGAAGGUAUUGGUCAUUGGCGGAGGAGAUGGAGGAGUCCUGCGGGAAGUGUCACGCCAUUCUUCUGUUGAGCAGAUUGACAUUUGUGAAAUCGAUAAAAUGGUCAUUGAUGUUUCUAAGGAAUUCUUCCCUCAUGUAGCAGUCGGAUAUGAGGACCCUCGUGUCAACCUUCAUAUUGGCGACGGAGUUGCUUUCUUGAAGAGUGCAGCUGAAGGAACCUAUGAUGCAAUUAUUGUGGAUUCAUCGGAUCCGAUUGGUCCUGCAAAAGAGCUAUUUGAGAAGCCCUUCUUUGAAACUGUGGCAAGAGCUCUGCGUCCAGGAGGGGUAGUGUGCACUCAGGCUGAGAGCAUGUGGCUUCACAUGCACAUCAUCGAGGACAUUGUUUCCAACUGCCAUGAAAUCUUCAAGGGCUCUGUCAAUUACGCCUGGACCAGUGUCCCGACAUACCCCAGUGGGGUUAUCGGCUUCAUGCUCUGUGCAACUGAGGGGCCUCAUGUCGAUUUCAAACACCCCGUUAACCCCAUUGAUGCUGAUGAGAGCCAUGUUGACUCUAAAGGAGGACCCUUGAAGUUCUACAACACUCAGCUUCAUUCAGCCGCAUUCUGCUUGCCUUCGUUUGCGAAGAAGGUGAUAGACUCGAAAACCAGUUAGAAAGAGAAACUAUAUUGAAAGAUUGCUUCUUCGAUUGGAUCUUGGUGGAAUAUUGGUUGAGGCAGCAAAUAAACUUUUUUUUUUUGUGAUU